AUGGCAAUAUUCGGAAGAGAUGUCUUUGAUUUUUAUCUUUAUUUCAUUGUUGCCAUUUCAGUGCUGUAUCGCGAUGUACAGACAGUAAAUACACCACGCUCAAAUGGUUCUGAAAUUUUAAAUUGGGAUAAUUCAGUCAUUUUAACGCAGACUGAUGCCGUGUUAAAGCUAGAAGCAAAGAUGAGAGCACUGGAAGAGAGGGUAGAACAACUAGAGGAACAGAGCCAACAAGGAAAAGAUAAGAAGUGUGUUUGUGAAAAUAAGAAAGAGAAAGUUGAAUUACAGAUGUUGGAAAAACAAAUUCAACGUAAACCAGGUGUAUUCAAGCGAGUAAGAAAGAGCAGUGUUGGUCUAAAUGAAAGUCAGAAUUUAAACGCCGAAAUUAAUGGAAGGACAGGUUUGUGCGCAUUUUCCAGCAUCUCAAGUAGGGACAGAGUUGGUACAGGCUAUUCUCAGACCAUUGUGUUUGAUAACAUGAUCACAAAUACACACAACGCUUACAAUGGACACACGGGUAUCUUCACAUCUCCUUCCACCGGCGUCUUUGCCUUCUCGUGGACAUUGAACACUGCAGGAACAGGGCACUUCGAAUUAAUGCAUAACUCGGAGAUCAAAACUACCACAACUUCUGAAUCUGGUGGACCUCCUCAUGUAGAGAGAGCGAGUGUCUCCGCGACAAUAGUUUUAGAACUACGUAAAAAUGACGUUGUUUUCGUUCGAACGCAUCAUGCGCGGGGUCAAGGGAUAUUUAUUGUCAGCAAUUCCCUAAUGCAAUCAAGUUUUUCUGGUUGGCAAAUUUAUUAGGACAGACAUUUUCUUUCAUAAAUUCGAACGUGAGAAAAAUAUCCAGCAAAAGUAUAAUGCUGUAUUUUACUUCAACUAUAAAAAAAAUAAUAAUCUU